AUGCAUUUUGACCAGAAGGCGGUGAAAUUCCUGGCAACUUUUCACAUCAAUGGAGGUGAACACUGGACCCAUGGCCCCCUGAAGCAGAAGCCACUUGUGACUUCCCACCCCGGGCCGGUCUGGGGAGGCAGGCCAGUUGGUGGAGGCCCGCCUGGAGGACCCAGGCCCAGAGCUUGCUUCCCGCCAGGGCUGGAGCGACGCCCUCCCGUCGUGACCGAUCUGGGCAUCCCGGGCCCCACCAGGUACCGGGUGCCAGAUGCUUCGGCGCGAGAGUCCUCCCCACUGCCCCACUUCACCAUCGGCUGCCCCCAUGACACUGCCCCCACCGCAGAGGGUGGCGGCUGCAGGGCGUGGCAGACCGUGUGGUGCCCGAGCGAAAGCCCCUUCACCCAGAACGCCGACUUCAACAGAGAGCAGCUCCAUCGCCUACGACAUCCUUCCCGGGUGCCGCCUGCCGGGUGCCGCCUGCCGGGCCCCUGCCCGCCCGCUUUCUCCAUGAGCCGCUCGCCCCUGCUGGCCUCCUGGGUGGGGUCCUUCUGCACCCUGGGCCCAGCUGCCUAUGGCGCGGAGGACUGCUACAACUCGUACUUUCCCUCCGCAAUGGGGGUGGUCAUCCAAGGCUUGCAGAGACCCAAGUGCCACGACACUGGCGCCUCCUGCGCGCUCUCGAGCCCAGUGGACCCUGUGAACUCACACGGGGCCGUGCAGGCCAAGCUGCAGCCGAUAGACUCCCCAGGCUUCACUGUGCGGCCCGGCCCCUGCCCACAGCAGCAGCCUGGCCACUAG